GCCUCGUGAGACGCUACGUUGCGUGCGUGCGUACGUGCGUAGGAUCGGUGGCGGCGAGACGAGGCAGCGACAUACAUACAUACAUACGUACAGGAGAGAUUCAGCGCAGGUUUCACUGGUAUGGACCCGGGCGUGAUUAUAUAGGAUGGUAGGUAGGUAAGGUAGGUUUAGGUGGGCAUGGCAGCGCGUAGAUGGCACACCUACACAUGCUUCACAUACCUACCUACCUACCUACCUAUACAUAGGUAUCCAUACGCAUGCACAUACACAUACAUGUACAUGCAUGCGCGCGUACAUACAUGCGCAUGCGCAUGCCGAUGGCAUCGACUGCUGCUCCUAUUUCUCACACGCCGCAUACGCAGGCGUGCGCAGGUAUCAGCCACGAACAAUGAUCGCCAGAAAGCUAGGCGCCGCGGCGCCGUCCGCGCGUCCGACUCGGGUCUGGCCCGCUCGUGGCUUUUUCCAAAAAUCAGUAUGGUUCUUGGAUCUCUUGUCUCAGUUUCUUCCUCUCGCAGACGCCUUCUUCUUCGCCUUUCUAGUUUCUUUCUCUCCCCCGAAAAAAAAAGCCACCUUCUCUCUCUCUACGUGUCAUGGAGGACAGGAAGGGGAGGGGGAAGGAUCCGACGAGGUAUUAACCAUCGUCAUCAUCCCUUGACCUCUCCACCCUUACCUCGAGAAGGCGACAAUCCACCCGUUUGGAUACCGGCAUCGGAAUCGAUCGGGGGGACGCCCCGCCUUGCCUCGCUGCGCGGCGGACCCAACAUUUCGGACAAGCCGGCCUCAGAUGGUCGACUCGCUAUCCAUGUGCCGAACGCACAUACGGAGAAACGAGAAACCGGGCGGUGAGAGGUCAGAAGUGAUAGAUAGAGACGCGCGACCGCCACGCCGGAACCGCCACGCAUAAACGAACCCUCCAUCCCUCUCUCCAUUCCCUCCUCCCUGCACACAAGUAUCUGCGCUUCGGCGGGGAGGGGGAGUAAAGCAGAGGAGCCUAUCGAAAUUAUACCUACACGAGGUUGGCAUCGCACAAGAAUGCACAUGAUGUGAUAACUGUCGGACGGGGGUACGUGA